UACAUUUCUGACAACAUGGACCUUGUCUUGCAAUGUAACUGUUGAUACGCAGCGAUACGGUCGUGUCUGUCAGUAAAUAAUGAUGUCUUCGCGAAUCGACACACGGAUAAAAUCACGACGAUGAUUGUUAGACGUGACGGUGCGUGACAGCAAGAUAUGAGGACCACGUAAAUGUAGCGGCGUAUAUUCCAAACGAAGUGCCAAUUCUUGCCGACUGUCAACUAUUCUAAGUGCAAAAAUGGACAAAUUGACUGUUGUUUCGGGAAUAUUAUUCCUAUUCGCCGACGUUAUUGCUAUAAUCAGUAUCGCAAUGCCGGACUGGAUCAUCACCGAUGUCGGCGGUGAUACGAGAUUCGGUCUUAUGUGGUCGUGCGUGACUUUAUAUAACAGACCGCAAGUGUGUUACAAAUCAGAUCUGAAACCACACUGGUUGAUCGCAUUGAUCUGCAUAUUUGUAGGUUGCAUUUUGAUCACAGCAACCAUAAUAUUGAUGGUCAUUUCACACUGGGAUCGUUGUGUCAUUGCAUACGCACGUUGGGUGGGAUUUGGUGCCAUGGUACUGUUUUGUACGGCAGCUGUUAUAUUUCCAAUGGGAUUUGACAUUGAUGAAAUUGGUGGCCAACCAUAUCAAUUACCUAACUCUCAUCAAGUUGGAAUUGCAUACAUUCUAUUUGUAUUAGCUCUGUGGAUUACAGUUAUCUCUGAACUCUUUGCGGGUAAAGUCUGUCUGCCACAUUUUUAGCAGUGGUAUUGUCUAUUUUGUGAAGAAUGUUUGUCAAAGUUUGCAAUUGUGUAUAUAUCAUGUGUAUUUGUUAUGAUGUUCAGAAUUAUUUAUGUACAUUAUUAUAUUGAGUACAAGUACAUUAGAUCGUU